AUGACAAUGGCGCAUUACUACGCAUCGGCCGGGGAGAGCGAGAGAGAGAAUGAGGAGGAGGAGGCGAGAGAAGAGGGGUGGGAAGGCGCGAGUGAGAGUGGGAGAGACGACAGGAGUGAUCUCGAUUCGGCGGAGGGGGCGGAGGAGGCGGAGUGGGCGGAUGGGGCGGAGGAGGGGGAGUGGGCGGAGGGGGCGGAGGAAGCGGAGUGGGCGGAGGGGACGGGGAAGGCGGACAGGGCGGAGAGGGCGGAGCUGAGUGCGUCUGCUGAUGGCGGGUAUGCAUGCCGCGGAUGGGAUAAUGAGACAGAGAUGGCAAUGCUGGCGAAAUCGGUUGCGGAAGAGGGGGUCGCGGAGAGGGGGGUUGCGGAGAGGGGGAUUGCGGAAGAGGCGAAAGGGCCACAUUGGGGCGAGUCGUGGGUGUCGAGUGUGGAGUGGUUCGUGUCGUGGCCGCUCAGGCGACUCAGCCACCCGUGGCGCAAGAGUCAUUUGCGUCUUUCCCUCUCUCCCGUGUCCACCACUCACACUCUCCCCUCACUCCUCUUCCCCCUCGCUCUUCCAUGCCCCUCUCCCUUUUUUCCCUCCCAUUUGCUGCUACGGGUGGGUUUGGAUGUGGGCGCUGCUGUCUUCUCAGCGUCUCUCCGUGCUCACACCCUCCCCCCCCCCUCUCUUCCGCUCCCUCCCUCCCAGCGUCUGCUGUGGGUGUGGGUGCUGGUGGCAGCGGCCAUCCUGUCGCUGGUGUUUACAGUGGCAUGGCGGCACGCGCAGGCGAACGAGAGGGACGACUUGGAGGCACACUGCGACGAGUGGGCGGCGUUCAUACAGGCCAAGUUUAACAUCAUGGCUGCCAACACACGCUCCAUCUCCGACUUUAUCCGCGCUUAUUACCUCGAUAACAUGAGGGAGGACUUGCUUGAUGUGCCCAAAUUCCAGCGCUUCACUCAGGCCACUCUCGUCUCGACCACUGAGCUGACCUAA